AUGGAAAAAAUUUUAAAUCACCGUGACAGAUAUAUCUGUUCAGUACCGAGUAGUGAACAAGUAAAAGAAAAAUUUAAUGAUUUUCUAUCACAAUUGGAUAAAUUAAACCGUCAAAGUUAUGAUCAGCUAUCACAAGACGCAGAGAAGAUACAAAAUCAAAAAGACAAAAUUGCUGAUUUAAAAGAUAAAUUAUUAAUUGGAGAAAAAGAAAAGAAAUCUUUAGAAAAAGAAUUACUAAGUCAGGCUGAAUUAUUGGAGGAACUAAAUACUGAAAAAACACACACAAUAGCAGAAAACAUAGAAAUUGAAUCGAGGAAAAAUCAAAUGAAACCUAAAAAAAAUACCAGCAGUGAUGACCAAAUUUUCGAAAGGGAAAGAACAAAAUUGAUGUACUACAGAAUGUUAACGAAUAUCAAAUGGGAUUAUCAGGAUGUAAGAACUUCAAUCAGAGGCGUGGUCACAAAUCGCAAGGAUUACACGCAAAAAUUUCACUAUGACAAUGACGACGAGAAAAUAGAAGAAAAACUUUGGGAAGAAAUUGAAAAAUGUGCGGACUUUGAUCCAAAAAAAGACUCCCCACCUCAUUAA